AAAACAGGGCGGAACGGGGAUUAUAAGUUUUAUCAAACCGGUGUAAGCUUUCAAAGUUGCAACCGGAUAACAUAUAUUUUGGGACUGUUUGACAAUGAUAAUAGAAUCUGUUUAUUGUAUGCAUAACAUAAUCAUAAGUAUUAUUUACACGAUAGGGAAGAGAAAAACAUUUUACAGGUCGGAUUACAUGGUUAAUUAGUAGGGAAGUUAAUAUACGUUUUUAUGUAAAGAUGGGAGUAACAAUGUGAACGAUGUAAUCAUCGUUUGAAAAGGGUUUGAGUGAACUUAGAGGAUUUUUCAUUUUAUUUGGACUCGAAAGGUUUUUACACCAUAAACGCUUUGCUGCACAUGGCGUCUUCAUCUUGAAAUGAAUUCGGUAACAAACAAGCGUGCAAUAACAUCGACGAUUACUACAGACCUACCGCAAUAUUCCGAAAAUGGCAUCAGAGUUUCUAUUCUAGUGAUACUUAUCGUUGUGUCAGUUAUUAUGCUAUGCAGCUGUGGAAUUGUAGCUUGUUACAUUAUAAAACAGCGACGAAAAUCGAAAACUGACAACUACCAGCAGAACGGACCAGGAGCAGAUAACCCAGGUUUUAAAGGGGAGUACAGAAGAACAAGUUCUGUUUGUCAUGAUACAAAAAGCACGAGAGAAUCAGGAGCCUACAUAUCAUUUGAUCCAAUAUCUGUUGACAUGUGUGAAAUUAACUACAUACAUCCUAGAAAUAAAAGCGAGACAACCAAUCAGAGAAAUUCAAAGGAAAGUACAACAUCUGGAGCGUAUAUGUCUUUCGAUAACAUAGAUCAUUCUAGUCUAGAGCUUUAAGUUUUUUUAUGAUUUGCUGUGCUUCAAUUUCACUUUGUCUACUCUAUACGUUUUGGUUAGACUUUACGGGACGUGCAGAUUGGGUUAACUUCUACCGUGAUUAAAUUAUUCAGAUUUUAUAAUGUACCUCAACAAAAUGGAGCUUAUAGGUCUUGAAGAAGAUUGUUUUUAGACUGAUCUGGUAACCGUUUCUGGAGGUUCAGCACUGUUGUCAUUUGUAUUUGUAAUGAGAAUAAAAACAAAUCAACGUAUCGAUAUUAUAGUGCUUUUGUCGUUACUGAAGGAAAUAAAUAGUUCAAAGCAUGUAAAAUUAAAAUAUCUGGAAAAACUGACCUCUUGGAAGCAUUAAAAUCGGCAAAAUUACAUGAAAAUUGCAGACUCGGUUUGAUUCCAUAAAAUAACAUAUGAUAACAGCAACAUAACAUAACAGCAGGUAAAUUAAUAGUUACUUAUAAAGUAUGUUGCAAAUGAAAACGGUUGCAGUAUUUAUCGGACAAACGGAAAAAGAAUGUGGUGUUUGAAUUAAGUGUUGUACGGUGCUCCAAUAUUCGAGUCAAUAGACCUUUUAACAACAUAUAUUCCCUAAAAUUUACAAUAGAAACACACAAUUUUGUAUGGAACUUGAAUUUAUGCCUAACCAUAAUAUAUACACGAGCUCGUAAGAUCAAAGAACAAAUACAUCGUCGUUUUAACACAUGUUUUUGUGACAAGUACGAGUCAUGUUGCGGUAGACACGAUCUUUUGUAAACACUAUUUCUUCGAAGUAUGUAUUUUUUUGUGAAUUGUGUUGUGCUAGAUUAACAAUAAAUUGUUUCUAAAAUU